UUUUAAUGCAAUAGUCCUUAUAUGAGCACGCGCACUUUACCUAAACUUUUGCAAAACUGUUAAGUCUCGCUUUGAUUCCUACGAGAUUAUAUAGGGAAGGACACACUACUCGGUUUUUAGUUAUUUUUAAACAGUUUAAUUGGCUCCGAAACAAUCGACAAUCGCACAAUAGUUUAGUCAAAGGUGUGAUGUCGCUCUUAGAAUCUAGGUGACAUUUAAAAAAAGAAUCACCGUUAAUGUUUUCUAUUUUAAUCUUUUUCCUGUCUACAGUUUAAAGACGUAUUACCAUCGCUUGUUAUGACGUUAAGGGCGCAGUCUCACUAGUCGUUAGCUCCCGUGUGGUGCGUGAGAUUCCUGUUCACGAAUGCAAUAGCCAUACAUGCGAGAACCGUUCAUAUUAGCCUUUAGCUCCCGCAUGCGUUAGGCGAUAGUCAUUUCUUUCCUUAAAGCGAGUGCACACCUUUGAGUAAACUAUCGCAAAAGUAUUGUACGAUUGUCCAUAUAAGCUCUUAGGGAUCAAAGCGCGACUAAACAGUUUUGCGAUAGUUUAGUCUCAGGUGUGCGCGCGCUGCUAUACUAUGCUAUGUUUGCUUUAGACCGAAAGAUCAUUACAUUAGUCGUCCGUUAGUGAUUCCCGCAUACUAUAUAACCAUGAAGUUAUUGACUAAUGGAAUUGCUCCCUAAUGUUAAACGUUUACUAGAAGCUGUACUUAUCACGGUUAGUAAUUUAGUUAACUAUGUGUAUAAUUGGAUUCUUUGAGUAAGGAAUUCAAUACUCUAACCGUAGAUUUACCAGUGUCUUAAAUGUGUUGAGUAAAUCCAUUAAUUUAAAUACCAGUUAAGUUGCACAGUGAGAUGUUAUAUUGAACCAUCAAAUUCUUACUGUCUAAACAACACCAAUUGACGAACAACCCUUUAAUUAUCUAAGAAGUACCAUAACGUUGUCUUGCUAUGGUCUAACACCAUAGAGGUCAUUGACACCGUCAAGGGAGCCGCCGAGCCGUGCCUAGGACGCGGCGGGCAUAUAAAAUGCUGGCCAAUACCAUACGCCAUCAGUCUGCAAAGAUAUUCGCGACAACAUGGCUUUCAAAGGCACUUUUGUAUUUUUCGCGCUACUUUUAGCUGUAACAGCUGCGCCAGCACCUGGAGACGUAGAACAGUUGGAUACUGCAGCUCCUGAAAAGGGAGAUCUGCAAGUCGCCGCGUCCCAUUGGGGCGGACAUUGGGGUGGUUACGGCGGCCAUUGGGGCGACUGGGGAGGAUAUUAUCCAUACUACGGUGGAUAUUAUUCGUAUCCGUUCUACGGCCAUGGGUAUGGAUACGGAUGGCCGUAUGGAUAUUAUGGACAUCAUGGAUAUUGGUGGAAGUAAUAAAUACAUUUGUAGUAGUAAGAAGAUGCCAGUAUUAUUUUUAAGAUCUUAAAAGCGAUACUAAUUUUAUUUACAAAAUAUUUAUUACCAUGACAAGAACAAAUACAAACGAAUUUAGUGAUACUGUAAUAUCGUCUUUUUGUUAUUUUUUUUUUAUAAUUUUCUGAACUUAGAUUUAAAAAGUUAACCAUUUUUUUUAAAUGCUUGCCCAUUGUAUUUAAUUUUUAAAUUAUUUUUAGUUGAAAGUAAGUUAUAGGUAAUACUUUAAUGAUUUCAAAAAUAUAUAAUAAUAAGUACAUAGUUAAAUAGUACACAUAAUACGUAAAUAAUUUAACUGUAAGUAGAUAUAGUAAUAAUAUUAUUAAAAAAUAAACUG